GCAAGACUGGCGCACCGGAACCCUGGCGGCCAUCUUGGGCAGGACUGUGAGACCUUAAAGAGGCUCAUUCCGACGGCUCGCGCUUAAUGGCGGCGCAACGUGCCUCCAUCUUGGGAGUGGCCGCAUCGGCCUCCGGAAGAGAAGGUUCCUGAAAAAGGCCCUUUCUUCCCCAACGACCCAGCGGAGACACGUGACUCCAGAGUCUCCCCCCACACACACACCAGCCGGUAGCGCUGCUCUGCCCCGCCCCCGUUAGGACCGCCCUUCCGCGCAGCGUCAGCCAAUGAGAGUGGAGGCGUGGAACGCGGGCGGUCUCCGUGGAAACAGGGAGGGAGGCGGGGGAGAUGGUUACUUGGCAACCGGGAGAUGCGAAGACGCCCGCCCAGCGGUCGGACAGCGCUUUCCCAGAGCAGAAGAAACCCGAACUGACAGAUCCCAAACUAGGGCGACUGACCCCACGUGGCCCCCUGACCCCUAGGGGCCCUCGGCCCCAACCCAGGCAUGACGUCGCCCCUGUGCUGGGCGGCCUCCGCCAGCGCCGUGCCCGCCCAGGACCAGGCGGCCGCCGCCUCCAAGGCCAAGAGCGCCAAGGCUCCGGCCAAGCUGGGCGUCCCCCGCCGCAGGGGCGCGGCCCAGGCCUGGCCCGCCCUCCACGCCAAGGCGGGCCCCGAGCCCCCGGGGGUGCAGAAGCCCUCCACGCACUCGCAGGUGGCUGAGCUACAGAGGAAGAUUCAGCUCCUAGAGGGUGACCGGAAGGCCUUCUACGAGAGCUCCCAGUGGAACAUCAAGAAGAACCAGGAGACCAUCAACCAGCUGCGUGAGGUGACCAAGUCCCUGCAGCUGCAGCUGACCGACCUGCUCCAGAGAGAUGAAAAAGUGGUCCAGGCAGUGAUUCGAGAGUGGAAGUCGGAGAAGCCAUACCUGAAGAACAGGACCAGCCAGCAGGCCCUGGAGCAUCUGGAUCGCCAGCUGAGCGAGAAGACGAAGCAGCUCAACGCCCUGCGGCACCAGGUCGUGCUGCGGCAGAAUCGGCUGAGCGAGCUCCAGCUGCAGCACGACCUGCGCCAGAUGGAGAUAGCAGAGGCGCAGGACGGCGGCACGGAGGUGGCCAAGACCCUGCGCAACCUGGAGAACCGCCUAGAGAAGGCCCGGAUGAAGGCGGAGGAGGCCGAGCACAUCACCAGCGUGUACCUGCAGCUCAAGGCCCAUCUACAGGAGGAGAGCCUGAACUUGGAGAACCGGCUGGACUCCAUGGAGGCCGAGGUGGUGAAGACCAAGCACGAGCUGGAGCAGCUGCACGUGGUGAACCAGGAGGCCUUCAAUGCCCGGGACAUUGCCAAGAACCAGCUGCAGUACCUGGAGGAGAACGUGAUACGAGAGCGCAAGAAGCGCGAGCGCUACAUCACCGACUGCAAGAAGCGGGCGGAGGAGAGGAAACUGCAGAACGAGCGCAUGGAGCGCAAGACCCAGCGGGAGCACCUGCUGCUGCAGUCCGACGACACGACCCAGGACAGCGUGCACGCCAAGGAGGAGGAGCUGCGGCACCGCUGGAACAUGUACCAGAUGGAGGUGAUCUUCGGCAAGGUCAAGGACGCCACCGGAGCUGCCGAAACGCACUCCGUGGUGCGGCGGUUCCUGGCCCAGGGCGACACCUUCAAGCAGUUGGAGACACUCAAGACAGAGAAUGAGCAGAUGCUGCUGAGGCUGAAGCAGGAGAAGCAGAGGUUGCAGCGAGAGCUGGAGGACCUCAAGUACUCUGGGGAGGCCACGCUGGUCAGCCAGCAGAAGCUGCUCACCGAGGCACAGGGGCGCCUCAAGGCCGAGGAGCAGAGGCACAGUGAGGCACGUGAUAAAUUGGAGCGCACCUUGCGGGCGAUGCAGACAGCUAAGGACGGCCUGGAGCACCUGGCCAAGAAGCUGAACCACAUCUCGGUGGAGGACUCGCGCUUCGCGGGAAAGGAGCUGGAUCCCAACGCCAGCGACUACCUGCCGAGCCUGCUGGGGCUCGUGGAGGAAAAGCUGCUAAAACUGCAGUCGCAGCUCGUGAGCCACGACGUGCCGGAGAUGCUGCGCCACCUCGCCGACCGCGAGUUCUACGCCAACCUGGAGGGGAAGCUGCCCCAAUGGAGUACCCUAUGUAUCCUUCCUCGCCCAACGCCCCGCACAGACGAAGAGGAGAGUGAGGAAGAGGACAACGAAGUAGUGUCCCGCGCGUCACUUAAGAUCCGUUCCCAGAAAUUAAUCGAAACCCGCAACAAGAAGCGCGGACGCUCGCGGAGGUCCUAGACUCGCCUAGGCAUCCACAUGGCGCCUCCGGGUCCCUUCGGAGGCCCGACCCCUCUGGGCCCAGCUGUGGGCCCACGAGGCCCCUCUGGGGGCUGGACGCGGCCGGGGCCGGCCGGGGAGCGGAGCAGGCCAGCGUGGCGCGCAGAGGAGAGGCAGGGGGCCGGGCGGACGUUCCCACAGUAAAUCUUCCCCAGGCGGGUCUGUGCCGGCCUCGGGAUCGCGCAAUAAAGGUCGCCG